AUGAAGCAGCUGCACGAGACCUAUGCCUCUUUGCUUGAUGGCAAGCAAUUCGCCUACGAUGGCGACAAAAGCCUCUUCACCUCUGGGCCUCUCCCAUUUGCCACCAAUGAUUUUGACGUUGUCAUAGAUGGCGAUGCUUUGUCCAGAAAGAUUGCAACGAGCCAGAGCCCGGGAGCAGAUGGCAGUCCAGGACCAAGCGACAAGAAAAGAAUGAAACAGGCAGGACAGAGCAAAAGGUUCAAGGUGGAUAUCACCUUCACAGCAAAGGUUCCGAUCAGUGCCAUUGCCCUCGUCCUUGGUGGCGGUCAGGAAUCUGAGAACUCGCAGGAGGUUCUUCGGGUUCUUGACAUCAUUCUGAGGCAGCACGCUGCAAGACAGAAUCGCCUCUUAGUCCGACAGUCUUUUUUCCGUAGAGAUUCCGAUUGCAUCAAGUUGGGUGGCGGUGUUCUAGGUUGUCAGGGUUUUCAUUCUAGCAUUCGACCCACUCAAAGUGGGCUUUUACUCAAUUGUGAUUUGUCCACCACUAUGGUAGUGGAACCUGGGCCUGUGAUUGCAUUUCUGCUCUCCAACCAGGGUGUCAAGGACACUUCUAGCAUUGACUGGGGCAAAGCUAAACGGGCACUGAAUAAAUUAAGGAUUGAAACCACUCACACGAAGGCGGAAUUUAGGAUUGUCGGAUUGUCCGAAAACAGUUGCUAUAACCAGACGUUCCCACUAAAGCAAAAAGAUGGCAACGGUACUGUGGAUGUAACUGUCUAUGAUUACUUCAUGGACCGUUGGUCGAUGAAGCUGGAGAAGUCUGCUCAUAUGCCAUGUCUAAAUGUGGGGAAGCCAAACCGCCCAACAUACCUCCCGCUGGAGGUUUGCCGCCUAGUGCCAUUGCAAAGGUAUAAAAGGUCUUUGUCCACGUCGCAAAGGUCAAAGCUGGUGGAGGCAUCCAGGCAGAGGCCGGAUCAGAGGAUGUCGAAGUUGUAUGGUGAGUUGCGUGCCAAUAAUUAUGAUUCCGAGCCAAUGAUGAAGGAAUGCGGCAUAUCAAUAGUUCCAGACUUUACCCAGGUUCAGGGUAGAGUCCUUGAGGCACCACAGUUAAGCGCUGCAGAUGGUAGACAACUAUAUACACCUAAUGGGAGGUGGAAUUUCAAUAAAAAUAGGUUUUUUCGGCCGAUUGACUUUAAGAAGACCUGGCCAUGGGGAGUUGUUGAUUUUUCUACACGACGUGAUGUUGAACAUCUUGUCGAGCACCCUCUCCAAUCCGGUAGCGAGAAGGGAAUCAGUAUGGAGAAAUAUAGCGCUGUAAUUCAGGAGAUUCAUAAAAUGAAACAUCAAUCUCCGGCAAAAAGGGUGGAGGAUAUGUUUCGGCAGGUAAAUAUAGCAUUCGGAGGAAAUAAUCCAGAGUUUCUCCUGUGUUUUCUUCCUGAGAAGAACUCUGACAUAUAUGGACCAUGGAAGCGUGAAUGCCUUGCACAACGUGGCAUUGUUACACAAUGCUUGGUUCCUCCUCCCAACGUCAAAGAUCAGUACCUCACAAAUGUGCUGCUAAAGAUAAAUGCCAAGCUUGGCGGGUUAAAUUCAUUGCUGAAAAAGGAAAUAACCCAUGCUAUUCCUCACGUGUCGAGGAUUCCAACCAUCAUCUUUGGUAUGGAUGUUUCCCAUGGUUCACCAGGACGUGACGUGCCAUCGGUUGCUGCAGUUGUUAGUUCAUUGGAGUGGCCAAUCAUCUCAAAAUACAGAGCUUCUGUGUGCACUCUGCCACCCAGGCAGGAAAUGAUCAAAACCUUGUUUAAGCAAGAUGGAGAUACUGAUCAUGGCCUCAUUAAGGAUUCACUAGUUGCCUUCCUCGGAAAAAACAAUAAACCGAAGCCGGAACAAAUUAUCAUUUUCAGGGAUGGGGUUAGUGAGAGCCAGUUCGAUCAGGUGUUGAAUGAUGAGCUAGGCCAGAUCAUGGAGGCAUGCAAGUUUUUUGGCGACAAGCAUUUUGGUGGCAACUGGUUCCCCAAGUUCACAGUGAUAGUUGCACAGAAGAAUCAUCACACAAGAUUUUUCUUGCGGAAUGGAGUGAAUAAUGUUCCCCCUGGUACUGUGGUUGAUGGAGUAAUCUGCCAUCCCAGGAACUAUGAUUUCUACAUGUGUGCUCAUGCUGGCAUUAUCGGGACUACAAGGCCAACACACUACCAUGUGCUCCAUGAUGAGAUAGGCUUCUCUACUGACGAUCUGCAGGAGCUCGUGCACUCCCUGUCCUACACGUAUCAGAGGAGCACCACAGCCAUCUCAGUAGUUGCUCCCAUCUACUAUGCACACCUUGCCGCGGCGCAUGUGGCCAAGUUCACCAAGCUCGAUGACGGCAUGUCGGAGACGUCAUCCCAAGCUGAGGCUGCGCCGGUGCCGGAGCUGCCUUUUCUGCAUCCCAAUGUGGCAUCGUCCAUGUUCUUCUGCUGA